ACUUAAAAAAAAAAAAAAAAAAAAAACUAAAUAUGGAGAACAACUUAAGUGCAAUAAAACAGUAUAUGAACGCUAACUGUGCCCACCGUGGUUCAGUGUCGUCUACUAAUUCAUUCGAAUUGCCGUUGACACCGACCAGAUCACCUAAAAAAGUCUCGUUCUCUGAUGAAUUACCUCAGUUUACAACAACACCUGCUCCAAUACCUAAAGAAACAAUUGCAGAAGGUAUUGAAAAUUCCAAGGCGCUUAUGCAUAAUGAAAUAAAACAUGAUAGCGAUGAAAGUUAUCCGGUUAAUUGCAUAUUUUUACAAACUCAAAAUUAUUUAGAUAAAUUGCAUGGUUCCAAUGAUAAGUCUUUAUUAAAUGCCAACAAAUUUACCAGUAGUUUAAGCAUAAAUUUAACCCAAGAAAUACACAACGAAAUAACUGCAAAUACGCAUCACAACUUGUACGAAAGCUUACCUCAACUAGCAGAAUCGUCCGCAAAUAAUCCUUCUUCACCAUCAUCCUCAUCGGCUAUAUCGUCUUUAAAUGAGGAUAAUGCCAAUAAUUCAUCUUCAACUUAUUUGUCUAACGAAUCGUCGGAUACUUGUGUUAAACAAUCGUUUGAUUCGUUAUUAGAAAAUCCCACCAGAGAAUCAGGCAAAAAAAUGUUGAGCUCACCAACAGUACAACAGCAACUUGACAUAAAUCAAAUAAUUGAUGAAGAAGAAGAUCAAGUUGUUAAAUGCACGGAACGUUACAAUAUUAAUUUAAAUAAGAAUUCAUGCAGUGCUAUGGAAUUGGAAGUGAAACGAGAUAAAAUCCGAUGGCUUUUAAUAUCAGAAUGUAGCGCUUUAUUAAGUGAAGGUAAACAUACUAGAGAAGGUUUUCGUAAAUUAUUUCUCGAUCAGGAAUUUCAACAGAAAUUUUUUCACCUGUUCGAUUUAGACAAUAAUGGUUAUUUGGUGCAAGAUCGUUGGAUAGAACAUCUGAAAGGACGUUUGACGGAUGAGCGGCAAAUGGACUACGCCGAACAACUGGAAUCAGUGGCUUAUGUUAUUUGCGGUGAAAAUAGUAAAUUAACAUUUAAAAAUUUUUACGACAUAUGGAAUACUCGCGGAAUCUUAGAUAAGUUGUAUCGUCUUAUCGAUAUUGAUGGUACAAAUCUUAUAUCAACCAAUCAAAUUAUGGAAUUCAUUUCUCACUUAACGAACUCCAGACCGCGGACAGGUUUCGACAAAAGCUCUUUAGCUCGUUUAGAGCAAUUGUUUCGCAAUACAGUGGGAAACGAAAAGGAGAUACGACGCGAAGAAUUCCAAAAGAUUGUUACCUCAAAAAACCCUUUCUUUACAGAACGUGUAUUUCAAAUUUUCGACAAAGAUAACUCAGGUUCAAUAUCACUACAAGAAUUCAUUGACGCAAUUCAUCAAUUCUCAGGGCAAUCGGCUGACGAUAAGAUACGCUUCCUAUUUAAAGUUUACGAUAUUGAUGGUGAUGGUCUCAUACAGCACAAAGAGCUGCACGAUGUGAUACGUGCCUGUAUGGAGGAGAAUGGCAUGGAAUUCUCUGAAGAACAAAUAGAAGAUCUGACGACAGCCAUGUUUGAGGAUGCUGAUCCUUACAAUCGUGGUGAGAUUACCUAUGAGGCUUUAAAAAAUCAAUUACAUAAGCACGGAGGUUUAUUAGAAAAUCUAAGCAUUACCAUUGACCGCUGGUUAGUGCCAAUGGCUCAGGAUAAGAAGUCUCUUAAAAACACAAAAUCAACAUUCUGGAAUUCAAUUCGACGACCUCAUCAACUAACUAGAGCUUAUAUGAAAAAUAAUCAUGUUUUUGUUUCAUACUUGUUUGUGUACAUCGCGAUAAAUGCAUGUCUUUUCGUAUCCAGAGCCAUACAAUAUCGCGCUAGCAAUACUUUUGUCAUUUUAGCGAGAGCUUGCGGUCAAUGCUUAAAUUUCAAUUGUGCUUGGAUUUUGGUUCUUAUGUUAAGGCAUUCCUUAACUUAUUUACGUUCCCGUGGUCUUUCAAGUUACUUGCCUCUAGAUAAUCAUAUUUACUUACACAAAAUGACCGGUAUCGUGAUAUCGGUUUUCAGUGUCGUGCACACAAUUAUGCAUUUAUUUAAUUUUUCCUUGAUUGUGGUAAACGAUCCAAAGAUAAAUGCGGCUAAUUAUAGCAUUGCUGAAUGGUUGUUAACUGAUAAACCAGGCUUAUUUGGUCUGGUAGCCGGCUGUGCGAAUCCCACUGGAGUGUCUUUAAUUGUCAUAUUGUUAAUAAUGUUUAUAUGCUCGCAGCCGUUUGUUCGACGUAAGGGUUCAUUCGAAAUUUUCUAUUGGACGCAUUUACUAUACGUACCCUUUUGGAUUUUGUGCUUAUUUCAUGGGCCGAAUUUUUGGAAAUGGUUUCUUGUGCCCGGUAUUGUUUACAUUAUAGAGAGAAUCUUACGUUUCGUAUGGAUGCGUGGGGAACAUGGGAAAACUUAUAUAAGUUCGGGACUUUUAUUACCUUCGAAGGUUAUACAUUUAGUAAUCAAAAGGCCGCUUAAUUUCAAUUUUAGACCUGGUGACUACGUAUUUGUCAAUAUACCGACCAUAGCCAAUUAUGAAUGGCAUCCAUUUACGAUUAGCUCAGCACCAGAGCAAGAAGAUUACAUGUGGUUACAUAUACGAACGGUGGGUGAAUGGACUAAUCGUUUGUACCAAUAUUUCGAAAAAGAACAACAAAAACUACACAACGGUCAAGCAAUACCACAUAAGCAAGCAAUACCUACUUCGAGUUUAUUGCGCAUUCAGGAAAAAAGUUCUACGACACCAAUGUCGCCAACGCCGCAAACGGAUUUCUUGGCGAAAAAUCGAAACCAUCUACAACCUUCUCCAACUUCCAAUACAAAUAACAAUUUGAAAACUGUGCAAAAAGUACAAAAUCCCUCUAAUAGCAUCAAAACAAUGCCACAAAAUUUUAUGCCUUCAAAACUGGCCACAGAGAGUAUAAGCGCUCGUGAUGCCGGUGAACUUUCCCCAUCGCCUUUGGCGAGUGGCUUACCCAAUAACGAUCGUAUACGUAGUCUUAAGCAAACGUUGCAAAGAACCUUCUCACGCAAAGAUGCCGAAACGAGAAACAAAUCGCCAUCAAGUUAUUUAAAUGGAGCUUUUGUAACGGAUGAAUACGAUGUGGAAGCAAAUCUAGAGAAAGGUAAACGUAAAAAUUUGCAAAGGCUGUUACUCAACAAACCACCAUUGGAAAAAAGCGUCUCUUUACCUGAUAUGGCGGUGAAAACUAAGAAAAGGGCUCAUCUAAAAGCAUUGCACGCUUUAAAUCGAUCCGAGUCUGAGCGUUCUUUUGACGAGACACGAAUGAGACGAGCCCGUCUACAAAGCCUAGGAUUGGCUUAUCUUAGUCCACAAAAUAAAUCUUUAGCUCAAAGUUUUCGUUAUAUGCGCAAUAAACCCACAAUCAUAGCCUUCAAAGCUCCUAAGGUAGAAAAUAAUGAACCAGAAAUAACAGAAGCUAAUGGGAACGUUAUUAGGCAAACUUAUAUGCCUGCACUUGAAGUUAAAGAAGUUAACAAUACAGAGCAUACAAUGAUAAUUGGUAAUAAUGGAUUGAACGCCACUUAUGUGUUAGCUAAACCUUUAGAGCGUCAACAUUAUGAAAGCGUCAAGGAUCACAGCAACACAAGUAUGGGUAUUACUUCAGAAGCAUCGGGCGUUGCAAAUUGUUUUAAGCGACCUUCAUUUUUACGCUUAUUAUCAAAAUCAAUUAAAUAUCGUGGAAGCUAUGGAAGCUUAGCUGGAAAUGGAAGAACGAAUUUCGCUGAUAAGAUUACGCUCGAUGCAGGCGUUCUAGAGAUAUUCAUUGAUGGUCCUUAUGGUGCUCCAUCUUCGCACAUAUUCAUGGCCCAGCAUGCUGUCCUUAUAGGAACAGGUAUUGGUGUCACUCCGUUUGCCUCUAUCUUACAAUCAAUUAUGCAUCGCUAUUGGAAGGCUCGACACACCUGCCCGCGUUGCAGUUUCGAAUGGGCCAGUGAUAUACCGAAAAGCGUUAUGAAUCUUCGAAAGGUGGAUUUCUUUUGGAUAAAUCGCGAUCAACGUUCAUUUGAAUGGUUCGUUAAUUUAUUGUCACAAUUGGAAAUCGAACAAGCAGAACUGGGUGGUGCUAUGGAACGAUUCCUGGACAUGCAUAUGUAUAUAACAAGUGCCUUACAAAGAACUGACAUGAAAGCCGUGGGCUUGCAACUAGCUUUGGAUUUACUGCAUGAGAAGGGUAAACGCGAUUUAAUAACAGGACUUAAAACCCGAACAAACGCUGGCCGACCCAAUUGGGAUAAAGUUUUUAAGCAACUAAAAGCUCAAAAAAAAGGCAAAAUAACCAUUUUCUAUUGCGGGCCACCACAAUUAGCCAAAACACUGCGCUAUAAAUGUGACGAAUAUGGCUUUGCAUUCCGUAAAGAAUGCUUUUAA